AUGGCGGCGGAAGGAUCUGCUCGCGCCGCUUCACGUCAAGAUGCAAAGCCCAAACCUAGUCCCAGACUUCCUCGACUUUCACCUGCGCCGCUGUUCAACGCUGCUCUUAAGACGAAUCCAAAAUCACCAUCUUCUCCGAUCAGCAUUCUCAACGACUACGUAUCCCGAGGCGUGGCUCAAAGCACUCAGAAAGACUCGUCAGUCUCCAAAACAGAAUACGAUCAACUGAAAGCGGUCGUGUCUCGCGCCAAGACUGUGAUCGCUGGUUGGAAUUCGGACAGGUUGGGAAAUGUCCUAGACUUGUUAACACUGGAAGCACAGGUUGAGCGUGUUGGAAAAGUGUUUCUUGCGAAGAAUAAAGAACUCAAAGAAUUGAGAGAGGACAUUGAGAGCUUGAAGUUUGCUGCGUCGAGCCGCGAGCAAGAGAUCCAUGAACAAGCCGCGGCCGCUAACUCGUCCAUCAAAGCACUUCAAGAAGAAUUGGCGUCUGUGAAAGGCGAGAAUGCAUCCCUGCAGACAAUUGACCGUCAAACCGAGGAAGCUGCCGAGCAGGUUCGAGAGCACCAGAGCAUCGUUGACGAUCUGAAAGAGGACCGUGCUUCACUUAUCGAGCAGUAUCAAGAACAGCACCACCAAGCUUCAGAAAAGAUCGAUGAACUCGAAGAUGAGCGUGCAGCACUCCAGGAGGAAGCAUCAAAUCUUCGCGAGGAGCACUAUGCUUCACUGAAAGAGUCCGGAGAUACUAUUGGCAAUCUGCAACAGGAAAUUCUGGCUCUUGAAACUUCCAACUCCACGCUCGAAGAGAAUCUCAUGCAAGCGCAGUCUGCAGUUGAAGAUCUCGCCCUGAGUGCCGAAGAGUUUGAGCAGACUGUGAAGCAUCUUGAGCAGGAACGUAACAACCAGGCUAAGCACUGGCAGACUGUUCUGGAGAAUGCCGAGGCACAGAAUCGGCGUCUCUUGCAGGAGCUGGAACUUGCUGAAUCAUUGUUGGAGAAGUCCAGGGAAGAGACUGUGGCUGCGAUUGAGGGUAGCAAGGAGAAAGAGACCGCAGCAUCGCAUCGUCUGCGAGAGGUGGAAGAUGGAAGAGUUCACAGCUCUGCUUUGGCAUUUGCUUUGGGAGUCGUUAUGGGAUUCAUCGCGUUGUUUGGAGUCUUCUACUGCAGGGACUUGGAGGAGGAGAUCUGA